GGACUUCAGACUGGCGUAGCAGUAUGUGCGUUUUCCCAGAUGCAAGAAAUGUUCUGGAUCUCUGAGUGAACAAAAAAAUUAUAUUCUGAAGAAAUAUGCUGUAAUUUACCUUGGAUGUAAAACAUGGACAGUGGAGGGAAAAUAUCUAUAUAUCUAUUUGGAAUCAUCUUGGCUGUCCUGCUGAACCAUGAGUGUGUUGCGGAAGUUCUUGAUUUUUCAGACAUAAGUCUGGAUUUACAGUUUAGCUACUCAGAUGGUGCAGCUCAUCAUAUAAGACGGAGAAGCACAGAUCAAGUGCAGUAUGUAAUGGUAGUGGAAGUGAAUGUAUCCGACAUUCAAGCUCUCAACCAAAUCAUAUCAUCUGUGGCCACCGUUCCACUCCCAUUUCAAGCAGACAAUAGCACGGAAAUUACAGCUGUGAAUAUUUCGACAGUGUGUUCUUUGAAUGAAACGCAGUAUCAGUGUAAAUGUGAGGGUCUGUUUGUUUGGCCAAAUGACACAUGUCAUGCAUACCAGGCCUGUGAUGCCAUCACUAAUGGAUCAUGUACAUGUAUCAAUGACCUCCCAGCUGAUGGACAGUUCUGCCAAGAUGUUGAUAAAUGUUUGGUCAAUCCACCUGUCUGUGGUCCAAAUUCUAACUGCACAAAUACAAUGGGAAGUUACAGCUGCUCAUGUUUGAAUGGAUUCACAGCAACAAAUCCAAAUCUCACAAUCAGCAUUAAUAACAUCUGUACAGCUCCAUCACUAACAACCCCUACACCAUCACCAUCAUCACCAACACAAUCAACAACAGCAGGGCCACUUUUUGUGUAUGAGAGUGAAAUUGAUGUCAGUUUAUUUGAUAUUUCCACUGUGAACAUAUUACAGUAUGUCAUCAUAUCAUACCAACCACCUUUUGCUUUUGGCAGCAUAAAUAUCCUUCAACUUGACAUGACUACUGUGUGUGAGUUGAAUGGAACUGAAUAUGAUUGUCAGUGUGAGGCAAAUCAUGUUUGGUCCAGUAACAGCUGCACGGCCUAUCAGGUGUGUGACAAUAUCAUAGGAGGAACUUGUGGAUGCAUUCGGGCUCUUCCUUCAGCGGGGUCACUUUGCCAGAGAGAUAUAAAUGAAUGUCAGCCGACUCCAUCUGUCUGUGGUCCAAAUUCCACCUGCACCAAUGAAAUAGGAAGUUACAGUUGCUCAUGUUUGAAUGGGUUCAGUCCAACACACUCCAAUCUGUCAGUCAGCAACAAUAACACAUGUACAGCACUAACAACGUCAACACCCGCAACAACACCAACAUCAACACCAUCAUCAUCAGGGCCACUUUUUGUGUAUGAAAGUGACAUUGAAAUAGAUUUGUUUAUCGAUUACCCGAUAAGCAGCAUACGCUAUCUCCUCACAACACUGACUUACUGGCUGCCUUACUCUCUGAACAACAUAAAUCUCCUUAAUGUUGACAUGACGACUGUGUGUGAUCUGAAUGGAACAGACUUUGAUUGCAAGUGUGAGGCGAAUCAUGUUUGGCCCAGUAGCACCUGCAAGGCUUAUCAGGUGUGUGAUAAUAUUGUUGGAGGCACUUGUGGAUGCAUUCAAACUCUCCCUUCAGGAGGAGCACUUUGCCAAAAAGAUAUAAAUGAGUGUCAGCCGACUCCAUCUGUCUGUGGUCCAAAUUCCACCUGCACCAAUGAAAUAGGAAGUUACAAUUGCUCAUGUUUGUCUGGAUUCACCCCAGCAAACUCAAAUCUAUUAGCCAGCAUCAAUAACACAUGUAUAGCAUCAACAUUAACUCCAUCAACUCCAACAACUCCAACAACUCCAACAACUCCAACAACAAAAGUUUUUGAGUAUGAAAGUGACAUUGAAAUAGAUUUGUUUAGCGAUUACCCAAUGAGCAGCUUACGGUCUCUCCUCACAAGUAUCCCACUGCCUUACCCUCUGAGCAUCAUAAAUCUACUUAAUGCUGACUUGACGGCUGUGUGUAAUUUGAAUAGAACAGAAUACGACUGUCAGUGUGAAGUGGAUCAUGUUUGGCCCAGUGACACCUGCAAGGCCUAUCAGGUGUGUGAUAACAUUGUAGGAGGUACUUGUGGAUGCAUUCAAUCGCUCCCUACACAGGGGCCACUUUGCCAGCAAGAUAUAAAUGAGUGUCAGCUAAGCCCUUCUGUCUGUGGUCCAAAUUCCAUCUGCACCAAUGAAAUAGGAAGUUAUAGUUGCUUAUGUUUGGAUGGAUUCACUGCGGCAAACUCAGAUCUCUUAGUCAGCAGUGAUAACAUAUGUACAGCACCAACAACACCACAACCAACACCCCAACCAACAAUGAUACCUCAGCCAACACCCCAACCAACAACAACACCACAGCCAACAACAACACCACAGCCUACAACAACAACAACAACACCACAGCCAACAACAACACCAGAGCCAACAACAACAACAGCAGCAACACAACCAACAACAACAACAACAACGACAACAACAACGACGACAACAACAACAACAACUGCAACAACAGUUAUUGGAAUGUCAUUGAAAAUGUCUCAGACUUUUGAAACAAAUCUUGCCGACUCCUCGACCCAGACUUUCAAAGAUUUAUCGGGAAAGCUAGAAUCAUCUAUUGACUCAAGUUAUACUACUAAUUUAAAAGGCUACAUUAGUAAGUCUGUGAAGGUUAAUGCAUAUAGGCCUGGUAGUGUAUUUGCAGACUACACAAUAAGUGCAACAUCCAAUAACCUUGAUUUUUCAUCAGCAAAUGCAGCUCUUUCCAACUCACUACAGGCACAAGGAAUAAUUUUAGCUGCAGAUGCUUUUGCUCAAAGUGAUCCAAAGGACUUCACAAUGGGUCAAGUUUAUCCUCUGCAAAGGCUGGACCUGAAAUGUACACAGCCAGACUUUGCACAAGGAAAAAUAACAUGGAGAGUAAAUAACAUAGAUCCUGCACUUUACAACACAAUAUACUCUCUUUCAGAGGAUAAUAGCACUCUCACAGUGAAAAACAUUACUGAAACUGACAGUGGUCAAUAUUCAUGCAUCACACAAAGGACCACAAUACCUUACAUUCAGUGGCAAAACAUUGCUAUUAAACAACGUCCCACUAUCGAUGUGGGUAAUAAUAACCGUGUUAUUCCAUGUGAUGGGAGCAGUGUCUUACUGAAAUGUUCUGUUGAUGCUGGCUACAGUAUUGAGUGGGUCCAGGGUGAAACAGUACAGGUUUCAGGAUCUGCAGCAGACGGUAUCGGUAUCACAUUAAAAUACACAAAUCAAAAUGGAAAUUGUACAGAUCAAACCUUUACAUGUCGUCUCAAGGGUCUGACACAACUACUCGCAUACAGUUAUAGCCAGAGCAGUGUCACAGUAAGGAAUAGUAAUGAAGCAUAUGACUGUCGAAAUGAUGAACUUGGAAUUGGAAAUAUAAAUGAUGAGAAGGAUGGAAUCUGUCCAACUGGCACAAAAGGCAUCAUAACUUACAGAUGUGAGUCAAGUGGCUGGACAGCAAUAAAGAACAACUGUAUAAUUGGAGUUAUCAGGGAUUUACUUAGCCAAAUUCAGGUCUUGCAAGUGGGACAGAUCCCAGAUUUCAUGGCUAACCUCAGUUUCGUCACGGAGCAGAAUAAUAUUAAUAUAACUCAGUCUCCUGCUACUGUCAAAGCAAUUGUGGAUAUACUUUUUAAAAUUGCUGACCUGGCACAAUCAACACUCAUCGGUCAGCCAGUGAUGAAUAGUUUCCUAAAAACAUUGGACAUCAUUGUAUCAAAUAAUAGCACCGAGACAUGGAACACUCUGAAUAAUGACAACACUACAGAAAACACCAACAUUAAACUUCUGAACGCCACUGAAAUUAUAAGUGACCACCUCAAAGAUGAGUUUACGAUUAAUCUAACAUCCAUUCAGCUGAGCAGAACUUCAGUCAAUAGCUCAUUCAGUGUAACAUCAACACUGCCAAACUCAACUACUGAGAUUGUGAUACCACAGGUUUCUGAGCCGACCACAGCAACGAUCAUAAUCUUCACAACUCUUGACAAUAUCCUUCCAACCCGUGAUAUUUCUAAUUAUAACAGCAGCGGAAUAUCAAAUCAGCGUAUCAAUGGAGACGUGGUUGUUGUUAAGGUUGAUAAAACAGUUAACAACAUUUCUUUUGCGUUUGACAUUACUAAUCAAUCUUUGGGAAAUCCUCAGUGUGUCUUUUGGAACUUUAACCUUAACGCAUGGGAUUCCACUGGAUGUGAAGUAAAGCAAGUAGGAAAUGACUCUGGCAAAAUUACAUGUGAAUGCAACCACACAACCUCUUUUUCAAUUCUAAUGUCACCUUUUAUUCUUGAUAGUUUAAUCUUAGCCUAUAUAACUUACAUUGGCGUAUCUAUUUCAAUGGCCAGCUUGAUUUUAUGCCUCAUUAUUGAAGCUAUCGUUUGGAAAUCAGUGACAUCUGCCAGAGGUGUUACAGUUGUAAGCUCCUACAUGCGACAUAUCUCCUUAGUCAACAUUGCCAUCUCCCUGCUCAUCGCAAACGUCUGUUUUUUCAUUGGAGCUGCAAUCUCAGAUCAAGAAAAGCCAACCCCCGUGGGUCGCUGCAGUCCAGUGGUUUUCUUCAUACACUUUUUUUACUUGGCACUUUUCUUCUGGAUGUUAAUUUCAGGGAUGCUGCUCUUAUACAUGACAGUCAUGGUAUUUUCCCAAAUGUCAAGAAUCAAAAUGAUAAUCAUUUCCUUCUCAGUCGGUUACGGCGCACCUUUGCUCAUAGCGUCCAUUACUGUUGCAUCGACAGCUGGACCACAGAAUUAUGUUUCCAAACAAGCAUGCUGGCUGAACUGGAAUGAAUCUAGGGCUCUGCUGGCAUUUGUGAUUCCAGCUCUCACUAUUGUAGCCAUAAACCUUGUGGUUUUGGUUGUGGUUCUGUACAAGAUGUUACAUAGUGGAGUUGGUGCCGCAACGCAACCAAAUGAGAAACAUACAUUUUUUGUCGUUGUCCGAUGUGUGGCCUUUUUGACUCCUCUUUUUGGUCUAACAUGGGGAUUUGGAAUUGGAACCAUGGUGUCAAGUGCAUUAGCCGUUCAUGUGUUGUUUACACUCUUCAAUUCCUUUCAGGGAUUCUUUAUUUUGCUGUUUGGAACAAUUUUAGAUGCCAAGGUUCGAGAGGCACUACGAGGAAAACUGCAAAUAGAUAAACUCACUUCCCGAAUUACCCAGAGCACCAGUGGAGGAGCAUCAUCUUCAGCUGGACAAAGGGGACCACGGAGGAAUGUGUACAAUGUGUCGGAUCCCAACAGUGCCUCGAGAUUUACUUCAGAGGGCAUGAGCGGCUCAUAUUCAGCUGUAGACACCUAAAGGACAUCCGUUUCUGUUACUGUUUUUACUGUUACAGUUUCUGUUACUGUUUUGUGUUAUGAUUAGUCUGAAAAUAAGCUCACAGUAUGAUUUGUUCUUUAAUACUUAUGAGUUAUGUGAUUAAGGACUGUAAAUUUGACUCCUUUGUGCUAUAAAUGCUAGCGCUUAUCUAAAAAUCGCUUAGAUGUAAGCUCUUCUCCUACUCAUAGAGUAUUCUAAAAAACACAGAGUGCUCAGCACUGAGCGUAAUAUGUAAUGACAACGGCACUAUCGGCAUUUUUUAAAGAAUGCAGCACUUCUAGGGCUGUGCAAUAUGACAAUAUAUAUUAUAGGCACGGGAUGAUAACCAUUUUUAAGGUAUAUGUAAGAUUUUUUUAACGUUUUUUUUUUUAUCUCCAGCAGAAGAGAUAUCCAAAGAUGUCAUUUUAUAUUGUACAGAAAUUUGUGCUUUUAAAACUAAUGUAGACAGCAGAAGUCAAUGAUUCAUUUGAAUUAUUUAGCCUGACAUGUUUACUGCUCCAAAAUAUUUUAAAUGUUUCUUAAAAUAAAAUAUACUGUGUUCAAAGGGGAAAAAAGUUAUUGUUUUUUUACCCUAGACAUUUAAAAAGAAUAUAUUUUAGAGCAGUAAUCACAAUACCGUAAAACCAUGAUAUUUUCAUCCAAGGUUAUCAUACCGUCAAAAUCUUAUACCGGCCCAUGCCUAACAUAUAAUCAUACGGAUACUAUAAAAAGUCUAUGGUUUCAUAUUUUGCUCUAUAGUUUAUACAUUGUAAUGAAAUAUACAGUGUUUGCUAUAAUACUUUUUGACAACUUGUAUUAGCACAAUAUCACACGCCAUUACAGGAACGUAGACAGAAACAUGAAUAACAUGAGAACAUGAGAAAGUUGCAAUCUUGAAAGUAUAAUUUUUACAUUUUGCAUUUUAUUUAGCUAAAUUUUAUGUUGAGCCCAUAAUCAUUCGUUUUUGAAAACUGUUUUAUAUUGAAUUACUAUUUAUUUUAUAUAUCUACAUUCUUUAUCAAACAUUUGCUCCUAAGUUGAGAAAUAUGAUCAAUAUGAAUGAGUAAUUUUUUAUACUUUAAUCUAGUAUAUAUAUCUAGUAUAUAAUUUAAAAUGUAAAAAAAAAGGUCAAUGUAUAUAAACUAAUAAAUGAUUGCAUUUAAAGAAAAUGUACUAUUUCUCGAUGUAUAUUAUUUAUCAAUGGAGCUGCGAUUUUACACAAAAGUUCAGGAAUAAUGCUUCAGUGGACAGGAGCCUUGUUUUGUUUUCUUUAAAUUAGACUUACUGUAUGUGGAAUUAUUUUCCUGUUGGUUACAUCUUGGUUUUCUGCUCUGUUAUAAUCAAUUCCAAAUGCUACUGUGAAACUGUCAAUUGACCCUUCGCUAAGCCACACCCAAAAACCGCCACCCACCAAUCGUGGCUUAGCAACCGUAGCUAUGCGCAGGGGCUCUGUCAAGCUUUCGAGUGAGGGAACCAAGCCAAAGCAUUGUGCAUAUGGAUUGUGCAAAUCUGACACCCAGUAUCCUAAAAGUUUGGACAGGGUGGUGGAAUUUUUUCCCUUUUCAAAACCAAAAACCCAAGAGGAGAAAUGCCAGCGCGGAUCAAGCUCUGUGAGGGGUGCUAAAAGCUGGUUUUGAUAUUCCUGACACAUUUAGUGAUAGACCGACGGCAAUAACUCACACACCUCUUACGCUAAACAGAUCAAAACUGUUUUCUACAAAAACACAAAGCUGGUUAUGUUUCACAGCUGUCUUUUUCUUUUUUUCCGCUUGAUAUUAUGAGCACUGCUUCGUUUAAGCCUUCACCAUAGUAACGCUAGUCAUACUAAUGGCGAAUAGGUCAUAAGUUAUUGAUCUAGUUGAUGCUAAUAUUCGGCACAAAUCCAUCAAUUUCCCCUUUCUGGCUGCUCUUUCUAUGAAUGAAUGAUGUAGAAGCACUGUCCAUGCGUGUUUCCUCAUUGGUUAGUAACGCUAUAAGUCAUUGCACAACAAUAGUCUAUCAGGCUUUUUGGCUAAAAAUAGAUAAAAUCAAGGUUUAAUUUGUUAUUAUUAGAUUAUUUUUAAAUUUCACCUCUCCUGCUGUCCAUAAAUUGAGCUGUUGAAUGGUCAGCGUAUGAGGCGGCUAGGCUAAGCUAGUUUCAAUUUUGGUUCAAUUAUUCUCUAAUUGGUUGCUUAUUAUGCCGUAAAUAUACCCCUGUAAUGCAUACUGCAGUCCUUUUUUGUCUGGCUUUCUCGGAUGUCUCACCUGUUCGCCAAAAAUGACUAAUUAUAUCCCUGGCAAUGUCUGACACCGGCGCAUACACAUUGUAAAAGAUGUGCCAGGCACAAAAGCUUGACAGGCGUAGCAUCAGUAACUAAGGAGGGCGGGGCUUAGCGAAGGGUCAAUUAUUGAAUGCUUUUGCAUUUCCUUAAAGGCAAAAUAUGUAGUUUUCACCACUAGAGGGCAAGUGUUCACAUCAAAUGAAGGCGUAGAUUGUGUGUGGAAUCAUGGGAGUUGUGGUCUUCAUUACGUUCCACAGGACUGCUGCUGAAACCAUGUUCAGGGAUGAGCUGAAGUAUUUAAUAUUUAUUCUCAUGGUGAAACAGAGAGUUGAAGGUUGAAAGCCACAGAGGCAAAAUGAGACUCAAGCAACUGCUAAUGAGGGAUGAGCAUGAUGUGGCGUGAAAGCAGCUGAGCUUUUAUUAUGCCAAAGUCAACCUGUUUAUUGCAGUCUAAUAAAAUUCAAAAUAUAUCAUUUUGCUGUUUUCCUAUUGUAUAUAAAACCAAACUAGAAAUUGAGAGUGUGAGAUGUCAUUAACACGCCAUCACAGGAUUCAGUCCAUAUCACUAGUUAAUAAUGCUUAUUUCUCUGGAUUGUAUGAUUCUUUAAAACAUUUGGUAUAAUGUAAGUACAUAAGUCAAUAAAAUACAUAAGACUGCUCUAGUGAUUUUUGGAAAUUUUAAUGAUGACAAAACAUAUUGUGCCUUUAAGUAAGUUUUUUUUAAAAAUUCUGUGUUUCCUGUCAAUAGUUUUUUUAAUUGCUGGAUCAAUUAAAUUGCCUGGUUGAAAACAAACAAUUUAAGCACUUGUAUACACUUGACAUGCCUUUUUAUGCAAUAAUUGCUUUUUCAAUAUGCAAUGACAUCAUUUACACAAUAUAUGAUUUUGACAUAAUAUAUAUAAUGUAUAAUUUUGAAUGAUAUUAUUACUUUUAUUAUUACCAUGUUUCAAUUUGUAAAGUGUUUUUUGGCGCAUCUUUUAGGCCUUUAGGCCUGCAUGUAUUUGCGCUGCCAUCUGAACUCUUUUAAUCUCAAUGGUCUUGAGUCUCAUUGAGGAGCGGAAGAAUAAAAGGAAAAGGGACUACAGAGGAAGACGAGAAAGGACCAGGCCUGGAUAAUUUAUGUUUGUCAUACUUUCAGUUCCCCCUUUGAAUUGGCCAGUUGUUUUAUGUAUAUUUUCAUUAUUAAAAUUAUUUUAAAAUA